AUGCCUGCCUCUUCAUCCAACGAGAAGCUUUUCUGGGCGGACCGGAAAAACCGAAUGGAGAAAUCUCGAUUAGAUCUUCUACUUAAAACCAUGGAGAAAGAACAAAUGUAUGUGACACAUGACAUAGAUCGCGAGAAAAGAGCUGUUGUCAAGGACCUCACCAUGGUGCGUCGUACUUCCGGUGUAAGUGAUCAAGGAGUUCCGCCACGUAACGAAAACGACACGGACUAUCAAAGUGCACCUAACUAUCGGACUGGACUUCGUUUGAGUGAACGAAGACUGUUGGAAUGGCGCGAAAACGAAAAACAGGUAGAGAAGUUUAUGCAUCAGUCAGCUUCGGAACUUGCUAAAAUCAGUGGAAAAUACCGGCAUCAUUCUUCGUCUGAAGGACACAAACUUCCCAAGAGAGCACAAAGUGCGAAAGGUCACUACCGAUCUACAUCAUCAUUCGGUGGUUACACCGAGGUGAAAGUUCUAGACGAUGACGUAUUUACAAACGGAAAUGGACAUCCUUCAACGUUAGCACAACAGGCGGACAGUGUGGUAAACGUGGAUCCAGAGGAACUAGAAAAACAAAUAUUUCAAGACUAUAGAGAAUCAAUUCAUAAAAUACGAAUACCAUCCACCUCUGACGUGUUGAAAUUAAAGACGACACGUCAGGUGCGGUCUGACAGCGAUUUAGGUAGGCAAGAAAAGAAAAGUUUGCGAUUCAGGCCGCAUACAGCUUCAGUGACGACACAUACGAAAAGAAAGUCAUUAAGAGGUGCAUCAAUUAGACCCGCAACCGCGUAUUCGAAAACACAGGUCAAUGAAAAACGGCGAAAUUUGGUCAAUGCGAACUUUGAAGGUGGCGAAAUUGUUGAAAAACCGGCGAAAACACUUAUGAACAACUACUUGAUCGAACCUGGUGCUAAGCAGGAACGGUUAUCAGAGACUAGUGUCUCUAUGGAACAAGUUGAGUAUGAACAUAUCGACGAAAUGUCUCAAAGCGAAGGUGACGAAAGUAGUUCUAACCCCAGUCCAAGAACCAUAUCUGAUAGGAUGAGAGCUCUUAUGCCGGAAGUGGAAGAUAAGUUAAAGGGUACCUAUAUCAGCUCGUCUGUUACCAUCAUCUAUGGUGAAGAUGGCGUGACGAACAAUACGGAGAAGCCGGAGGAAAAUGGCGUUGAUGACUGUCAACAGGGAACAGUGUUUAACGAAACAGAAAAUGAGAUGGAACUCGACGGAAACAUAGAACCGGAUACUUUAGAAAAUAACGAUUCAAAUGAAAUAUACAGAAACUUGGGUCAAAUCCAGGAUGAAACGGACGGUGUGGAUAAAGUGAAUUUAAUGACAAAAAAUGACGAUAUUUCUCAAUCCUAUCCUGUCAAUGGUCAACUCAAAAUGACUGACCAGGUGCCAAUCCAUAGUGACAAUGGUGAUAUGGUAGACAGUAGGUAUCCAAGGUCACGGCGAAAGGUCAAUCGAGUCCUUACGGGGAUCGCAGAAGACAAAGUGCUCACAAUAGUUGAUGAUGGAACGUCUCAUGAAGUGAAAGAUGCAAAUCGUAACCAUAGUGAUGAUGUGACGUCUACAGCAACACUUAAUUCCACGCAACGUCUGACGUCACGGCAACGACGCACAAGUACUACUAGCUCUCUUUCUCAGUCUGACCGUCUCUCCGGUAUGUACAGCAGUAUGAGUGACAUAUACUCUAUUGGUUCUGACGGACAGAGACGACCGAGCAAAUGGCGCCAAUAUGUAGCGGCAGACACUGCACCCGUACCACAAAAGAAAAUAGUUACGGUGACAGCAGUGGUUCGAGCUGCGCUGGCGUUCUCUAAAAUGGCGCGAAAAAGAGCACUCACUAAACUUGUUGAAGAACAAAGCACGGAUCCUGUAGAACUGAUCCGGCAAGAACGAUUGCGUCGUCUGCAUUCACGAAAUAAUAUUCUACAGACAAUCACUAAUUCAUGGUCUAUGAACGGGGAUAACAGUAUACCCGAGGUUAAAGAACAAGUGUGA